AUGGUCGGCCACACACUGACGGUGCUGUUCGCCGAAGAGAACUCUGCGGUUAAUUCGUCCACCAGUAAAAUCAGCCAGCCCGAGCUAGCAGCCCGUCGGCAACACCCGAACAGCAUCACAGACGCACAAAAGUGGGAUCUGCUGGUGCAGUUUGUGCAGAACGCGUCCAUCCCGUUGGUGCAGGGUCUGGAGGACUCGGAGUCUAAACACUCCUCCUGCCUGCCUCUGCUGGCUCCAGCUGAGAGCUCGCUGUGCAGCCCGCUGGAGCUAACAGACGGAGGCCUGAGCCAUGAGCCGGAGACGUCUCCCUCGCUGUCAGAGUUUGGAGGUGUGUCAGAGCGAAGCCCGUUGGUGGUCCAGACUCACUCUCAUCCACGGGCCUCACCAAGCCCCCCACCCAUCCUCCAUGACCUCCAACAGUCAGACAGCACUUCCUACGUCCUGCUGAACCUCGCAAAAGGCAUCACAGCCUCCUCGGAGUCCCUGAUCUUCGCCGCAGAUGGCGCCGGGGAGGACGACGAUGAGGGGGUCUCAUCAGGCGACUACGGCAUAGAUGGCAGUGCUCCCUGGUAUCUGCGGGUUCAGGAGCUGGCACACGACAGCCUGAUUGCCGCCACGCGGGCACAGCUUGCGAGAGAUGCCAAAGCCAGCCAGGACGCCAGAGCUGCAAGCGUCAGCAACGGUAAAGUCACAUCUUCUUAUCAACACUGGUGGAAGCGAGUUUAG